UAUAGUGUAUUGUGGGACAUAAAGGACAAGUGUUAUACCAAUAAAAACAAAUGCAAUGACGCUUACCGUGCACUAGGCGAGAAGUACAAAAUGAGUGAAAAAGGUGUUCAAUCCAAAAUUAAAAACCUUCGUUCAUAUUUUUUAAAAGAACAACAGAAAAUGUCGCAAAGAAAAAGUGGUGCCAGUGCUAAUGACGUAUAUCAAAGUUCCUGGUUUGCCUACAAGCAUUUGUUAUUUCUCGGAGACUCAAUCACUCCAAGAACGACGAAGGACUCCUUAGAGGAUACGAUCACCGAAGAAGUUGAAAUUGGGGAAGACGAUAUACACGACAACAUAGCAGAUGAAGACCAACCACCAGAAAAAGAAGCACCUGAAACUCAAGAUACAGCAUCGUCUUCUUGUCGACAGCAAAAAUUUCUCCCAACACCACAGACCUGCAGAGGAAUUAAAAGAAAAAUAGAUGAUGAUGGGAAAAAAGAAGAGGCUGCCUUCGGAUUUCUUGAAGUAGCAGCUAAAUCAUUAUCUGAAAAGGACGACUGUUCUAUAUUUGGGGAGAUGAUAGCAACCCAGCUAAGGAAGUUGACUCCGCGAACAAUGGCCCUGAGGACAUUGCAAAUGUCUGUAUGCCUGUCCCUUUGUGUAAGCAACAAGAUAGGUUGA